GUUUAAUCUGGUUUCACUGAUAAAUAUCAUUGGGUAUCAUCUCUACACCAGUUGGUGGCGGUAAUGGAGCAAUUCGUUGUUUGCUAACCGCCAAUAAACCUCAUAGAAGAAGAAGAAGAUGCUAGCAGCGACCCCUAAGCGAACCACCACAGUCGAGCAAAUUUAAACAUUUCUGCAUUUGAAGUAAAUUAACGUGUUGACCAACAGACUGUGAGGAUAGUUUAUCUUGUUUUAGGUAACCUUUCAGACACUUUAACCCGCCAGCCUGUUUCUGACACAGAUACUGAGCUGUACCGGUGCAAGAACCGGCAGUUCGGCUAGUUAGCUAAGCGGCUAACGUUAGCUCCUGAGCUAACAGCAGGAUGGAUCUGUUCGACGACCUGCCGGAGCCCAAACAGACUCCCGUUCCAGUGUCAGCUCAACAAAAGUCCACCAGAGAAGAAGAAGAAGAAGAAGAAGAAGUUAAGGAGGAGGAGGAGAAAAGUUUAAAACGAAAACGAGAAGAUGCAGAGCGUCACGCGGAUAAAAAAGAAGAAGAAGAAGAGGAAAAGGAGGAGAUCAAGAAAGUUUGUAGAGAAGGCCUCCCUGUGCUGAGAGGCUAUGUGGCGGCGAGGCGUGGCGAGCGGGAGGAGAUGCAGGACGAUCAUGUGAUGCUGCCCGACAUGAGCAGCUGCAUGUCGGCUCUGCCCUGCCAAGUGUCUCGCGUCUCGUACUUCGCCGUGUUCGACGGUCACGGCGGAGCGCGAGCUUCUCGGUUCGCUGCUGAACAUCUGCAUCAUAAUCUGGCCAAGAAGUUUCCCAGCGGAGAAACUGAGAAUCUGGACAAACUGGUUAAGAAAUGUCUCCUGGACACGUUCCGCCAGACAGAUGAAGACUUCCUGAGGAAGGCUUCCAGCCAGAAACCAGUAUGGAAAGACGGCUCCACAGCGACCUGUGUACUGGUGGUUGAUGACAUGGUGUACGUGGCCAAUCUGGGAGACAGCAGGGCGGUGUUGUGUAGGAUGGAGGCAGCAGGAGGAGGAGGAGGAGGAGGAGGUGUGGGGGGUCAGAGGAAGGUGGUGACUCUGGCUCUCAAUAAAGAACACAACCCGACUAUCUAUGAGGAGAGGAUGAGGAUCCAGAGAGCAGGAGGCACCGUCAGGGACGGCAGGGUGCUGGGUGUCCUCGAGGUGUCUCGUUCCAUCGGAGACGGUCAGUACAAACGCUGCGGGGUCAUUUCGACCCCCGAUCUGAGGAGGUGUCAGCUCACAGCCAAUGACAGGUUUAUCAUCUUGGCCUGUGACGGGUUGUUCAAAGUGUUUUCUGCUGAUGAAGCUGUUAAAUUCGUCCUCAACGUCCUGCAGGAGGGAAGUGUAGAGAAGAGGUCGGGCGUGACGGAGGAGGAAGUUCGGUUUGAAGCUGCUUGUCAACAGCUGGCGAGCGAGGCGGUGAGGCGAGGCUGUGCAGACAACGUCACUGUGAUCCUGGUUUCUAUCAGCUUCUGAACACACACACACACACACACACACACACACACACACACACACACACACACAGUGGACUCUGACACA